AAACCCUAGUUCAUAUAAAUAACAUAGGAGAAAACUUACAUAAAACUGGAUUUUCUUCUCUCUCUCUCUGCCCAAAAAAAUCACCUUGUUUAUGCUCUCUUUAGAACUUGAGCAAAAGUGGGAGAAGAGAAAAGACAGGAAAAUGAAAGUGAAAUGAGAGGCAUAUUAUACCGUGCACAAUGCUAAAUUUUUCUAUUUUCCUUCCUUUCCUUUUCCUUUCUACAACUUCCAAACUUUUCCACCAAACCAAGAGGGUCAGAGGAGAGGCCUGGCUGCUGUUGAUCCUGUUGUGACGAUGAAUAGCGUAUCAGGCAAUUGAUCAUGGAAAAUUAGAAAUCAACGAGGUGCCGUAAAAAAGAGGACAGGAUUUUCCCGAGCUAAGGGAGAAGAUAAUGAAAUUGAACAAAUUUCUCAGUCGACUCUCCUCCAUCUGCACUCCCAGGUGCCCUCCGGUUUCCGCAACUGCUUCAAUCGCUAGCAGCAAUCUAAGACUGUACCGAUACUUCAGCGCAACCUCCGGCGACGACUCAGAACUGAAGGAGUUGACGGAUUACUUGAACAAUUUGAAAAACUAUGAGAAAUCCGGCGUCCCCAGAGGCGCGGGAACAGAUUCCGAGGAAGGGUUCGAUCUCGGAAGGAUGACAAGGUUAAUGGAAUUACUCGGAAACCCUCAAUCCAACUUCAAGUCCGUUCACAUUGCUGGCACUAAAGGAAAAGGAUCAACUGCUGCAUUCCUCUCCAACAUUUUACGAGCUGAAGGUUAUUCUGUUGGCUGCUAUACAAGCCCACAUAUUCAGACCAUCAGAGAACGCAUAUCAGUUGGAAGAUCUGGUGAGCCAGUAUCAGUGAAGGCAUUGAAUUCACUGUUUCAAAGGAUUAAAAAUGUUCUUGACCAGGCUGUGCAAUUUGAAAGUGGACGUCUCAGUCAUUUUGAGGUUUUCACUGCAAUAGCAUUCAGGUUAUUUGCUCAAGAGAAAGUAGAUAUUGCAGUUAUUGAGGCUGGAUUGGGUGGAGCACGGGAUGCAACAAAUGUUAUCUCUAGUUCUGAUCUUGCUGUUGCAAUCAUAACAACAGUUGGUGCCGAACAUCUGGAUGCACUUGGGGGUUCUUUGGAAAGCAUUGCAAUAGCAAAAUCAGGAAUAAUCAAACAUGGCCGUCCAGUGGUUCUAGGAGGACCGUUCCUUCCACAUAUUGAGCAUAUUCUUCGUGACCAGGCAUCCUCAUUGUCUUCAACUGUACUAUCUGCAUGUGAUCCUGGGAAUAAAAGUGCUAUAAGAGGGUUUAGCAAGUUAUAUGGUAAGCCUUGCCAAUCCUGUGACAUAGUGAUUCAAAUUGAGAAGGAUUUUCAACUGUUCAUCGAGCUGUUUGAUGUGAGACUCUCAAUGCUUGGAUCUCACCAACUUCAAAAUGCUGCAACUGCCACUUGUGCAUCUCUCUGCCUUCGUGAUCAAGGUUUGAAAGUUUCAGAUGGAUCCAUUCGCUCCGGUUUGGAGCACACAUGUUUGCUUGGGAGAAGUCAGUUUUUAACAUCUGAGGAAGCUGAGGCACUAGGACUGCAUGGAGCCACUAUAUUGCUUGAUGGAGCACAUACCAAGGAAUCUGCGAGAGCUUUGGCAGAUACAAUUGAGAUGACGUUUCCAAAGGCAAAAUUGGUUCUUGUGGUUGCAAUGGCAAGUGACAAAGAUCAUUCAGGCUUUGCCAGAGAACUACUUUCAGCUAGAAAACUGGAGGCUGUAUUUCUGACAGAAGUCGACAUUGCUGGAGACAAGUCCCGAAUGACUUCCGCAUCUGUAUUAAAAGAUUGUUGGAUCCAAGCUUCCAAAGAGGGAGGUGUUGAUAUUGUUGACAAUGGUGUGGAAGACUUCCGUAGCUCAUUGGAUGAUCAAUCAGUUCACUCCGUAGUCAAACCAGAAUGCAAAACUAUAUUAGCAACCGAGAGAUCGUUAAUGACCUCCAUGAGGGUUGGAAAUCAGAUUCUCCAAGCAAGAAUGGGGGAUCAACCAGGAAGUUAAAGACUACUCAAAACUCAUGAUGUCUUCAUGGCCAUAUGGAUGCAAAUUUGGAUAAAGACGUACUCAAAGCUAUCUAUUUUGAGUAGAUUUUAUGUGCAUCAUAUGUUUUGAAUACAUCUGUGUUUGGACAUGGUUGUCGUCAACACUAUUAGGACAUAAAUGAACAGAGCAGUUAGAACAGUUCAGUGGGCCUGUAUGGGAGUUGGACAAUGCGCCAUUGUAAAGCCCUGAUUGUUGUUCCCAGACCAGUCCAUUGGGUUUCAAUUCGUUGACACCAUUCCAUGCUUGUGUCGGAGUCGCGUGCGUGUCUGAAUCCUUUGAGAGAUUACUUUCUAUCCAUAAAAAGAAAGAAAGAAAAGGAAGCUCUAAAUUUUCAUCUUC